CGGCGGCGGGCGGGCGGGCUGGAGGCGGGGAGGAUGCAACCAGGUGUGCGAAGGGAAGGCGGAGCGGAGAAGGGGGCGGGGGGGGGACGGGGGAGGGGUGGCCACGCGCAGACCAGCCGCAGGGCCCCCGCCGCCCCUCCCCCCGUGCAUCCGGCGCCCGGCCCCGUCGGCCCCGCACAGUUAGGACCGGGGGGGGGGGGGGGAAGGGGUCGCAGCCCCUAACCCCCCCCAUCUCCUGCGGGGCCCUCCCCUCCUCCUCCUGCUGCGCUCAGCCUGCCUGCCUGCCUGCCUGCCUGUGCGGGGGGGGGGGCGGGGGGAGCCUCCGCUGCUGCCGCCGCCGCCGCUUCUGCUCCUCCCGGGCCGGAGGCGCUCUGGCCCGCAGCAGCCCGCCUCUAUGGCGCGGCUCCUCCCCACGUGGCGGCCGCCGCCGCUUCCGCCCGCGCCUCCCCCCUCCCCUCCUGAUGGGGCGGCGGCGGCGCUGCCGGGAUGCGGCGGUUCGGGGCACCGGGGGCAGCAGCGCCGCCAGCAAGAGGUCGGCUGCCCAGCGCGGCUACACCGACGACCGCUUCGUCCUCCGCCUCGUCCCCGGGGCCGCCCGCCGAGCGCCCGCCGUCCACCGAUCCUCUCCUUGGGGGCCGGCCUGGACUCGCUCUACUUCUGCCUGAAGGCCCAGGGGCUGCUGGGGGGAGUCACGUUCUUCGAGGUCGACUUCCCGGACGUGGCGCGCCACAAAGCGGCCCUGAUCGCCACGCAGGAGGAGUUGGCCGCUGUGGCCGGGCACCGGACCUCACAGCAGGAGUCGGGAGCUGUCCAUUUGGCAGGAGAAGACUACAGGCUGCUGGGAGUGGAUCUUGCGCAGCUUCCGCAGCUGGAGGAGGCCUUGUCUGGGGCUGGCCUGGACCCCCGAGUGCCCACCAUGCUGCUGGCAGAAGUGGUGCUCACCUACAUGGAGGUGGGAAGGUCGGAUGCCCUGAUCGAGUGGGCAGCCAGGCAUUUCGCGCAGGCGUGGUUCGUCCUCUACGAGCAGAUCCACCCCGGGGAUCCUUUUGGGCGUGUUAUGCAAAACCAUUUCAGACGGUGCAACUCACAGCUCUGUUCCUUGGCCCAGUACUCUGACCUCAAGGCCCAGCGGAGACGCUUCCUGCAGAAGGGCUGGGCUGAGUGUCACGCCGUUGACAUGAACGAGUUCUUUGACUGCUUUGUCUCUGGAGAGGAGCGACGGAGGAUCCAGGCCUUAGAGCCCUUUGAUGAGUUUGAGGAAUGGCACCUGAAGUGUUCCCACUAUUUCAUCCUGGUUGCAUCGAGAGGAGGGGGGCUACGUCGGGCUCCCGUGUUUCCUGGCGUGGAAGAGAAAGAAUUCCCUGGCUUUGUGGGAACGGUGCCUGCGUCGGUCUGCACGGCAGAGACGGGAAUCACUGGCCUGAGACGAUACGGCCACUGCUCCUUGCGCAUCGCACCGCACGUGAUCCUGACCACAGGAGGCUUCGGCAGCCACGGUGGCCGUCAUUGCCGCCUGACUGACUUGCAUGCCCUGGUCAAGGAUGGAGACAGAUGGACUCAUAGUGACGUCUGCCUGGCCGAGUCUGGGGAAGCCUGGGAUGGACGGCUGUUCCACACGGUGACGCUUCUGCAGCCAGGCUGGGCUGUUGCCGUGGGGGGGCGCCAGUCGCCGGCAAGCCCUGCCCGGGAGCCUUAUGGCUUGAGACUGUUGGAGGCAGACGGCUGCGGGGCCCCCCUGAGCUGCCCGGUCGUGGAGCUCUCUCGACUGCCGCCUGUUGAGGGCUCGGCUUUGUCUCGCUGGAGACAUUCAGCAACUGAAGUUGUGCAUCAAGGGGAGCGGUACCUGUUCAUUUAUGGUGGCUGCGGCAGAGGACAGUCCGUGCUGGCCGACUGGUGCUUCCUACACGCACGGGAGCUCCGUUGCCGACAGAUUCCCGUAGAGGGUCCGGUGCCCGCUGGCCGCCAUUCGCACAGCGCGUGUGGCUGGGCAGGCGGCGUCCUCGUUGCCGGUGGUCUGGACUCAACAGAAAGGGCUUUGGGCGCUGUCCUGCAUCUGAAGCCAGUAGAGAACGGCUUCCGGUGGUGCCCUCUCGAGACCAGGCCCCCGCUCGUGCCCAGGUACUCGCACACGGCUCACGCGCACCGUGGGAAGCUGUUGCUGGUGGGCGGAGUCUGGUCUCAUGGUCCCUCUGUGCCGGGCGUGGCGGUGAUUGAGCUGGCGACAGGAUUCACUGCAGAAUACGACAUCGACGCGGCGGUGCUGGAGCGGCCUCUGAUGUUGCACAGCCAUAGCAGCGUCUUCCUGCCGGAGGAGGAGGGGGUCCUGGUGACGGGGGGCGGCGGCAACUGCUUCUCCUUUGGGAGUCACCUGAACUGCCGUCCUGUCUGCCUGGCCCUGGGGGGCCUCUGGGGGGCGGGGGAGUGAUGCUCCUGCAGCGUCAGGGGCCAGAGGGACCCAGCUUGCAGGGGGGGCUGUCUGGGAGUCAGAGCAGAGUGGGGCUGUGGGCCAGGGCUUGGCAACGUUUCUCUGGGCACGCCAGGACCUCCUGGGCAGCAGCCGUGUGGUUUGCUUUGGCAUUUCUAAGUUCAAGAUGGUUUAACAGUUCAGUGCCGUUAGAAAUACAUGCAGUAUCACAUCAAUAAAGGGUUUUUUUAACACUUCAAAA